AUGCAAGCAAAUUUAAAGAUACAAACUAACCAACACCAUUCUCACACUUUACCAACUUCCAUUAACCAUCGACUUCAAUACUUUCAAUCUCAAUCACCAAACCAAUCACAUCCUCAAUCACAUUCAAAAUCAUCUCAACCCUUAUCAAUAAUAGCUUCAGAUUUAUCCUACAAACAAUCCAAUUCACAUUCUCAAUCUAUCGCAAUCGCUUCAAGAUCCGAACUCAAAAUCUUAAACUGUUCUCAACUCUCAUCCCAUCCUCAUUCACAAUCUCAAUCGAUCAAAUCAUCUAAAUCAUCUAAUUCAUCAAAACUUAUUUCCAUUCAAGAAUCUUUUCAUCUUAAUUUAAAUUCGCUACUAGGUCCUCAUUACGGUAUAUCUAAUUUAAAUUUCGGAUACUCUAGAUCCAUCGAUCAUUUGGCUUCGGCUACUACAAAUGGUGCUAUCUUAAUAUGGGAUUUGAAUUCAUUUUCUUCAACUCAACUUCAACCUUUAAUUAAAAUCGAUCAUGCUCAUUCUCGUGCGAUUAAUAAAAUCACCUUUGCUAGUCCGAUUGGUCAUUGGAUCGUCACUGGAUCUCAAGAUGGACUGAUCAAACUUUGGGAUAUCAGAAUUAAUAAUGCUUUACCUCAAGUGGUCAUUACGACCCAUUCAGAUCCAGUUAGACAACUAAGUUCCGAUCCGUUUACGUUCAUGUCCUUGACCGAUUCAGGUACAUUAUCACACUACGAUCUACGAAACGGAUCAACCAAAAGUUGUAUGAACAGAAGAGUAGCUCAUGGAUCAGUAGGUUUAGGCUUAGACUGGAAACAAACCUCGACAGAAAACUUGAUUGCAAGCUCAGGCACAGAUGGAAUUGUAAAGAUCUGGAGUAUAGGGCACGAUAAAGUUUUGGGAUCCUCUGCCAUGAAAACCUUGGUGGUGGGAAGAUCUCUUAAGGAUGUGGUGUGGAGACCGGGUGAUGGGUUUGAUUCUAUUCAUCAUUCUUCUAAUGCUUUUUUGGUCGAUCAAACGGCUUCGGAAUCGUUUGAUGGAGGUAGACAGUCAGAGGUUUUGGUUUGGGAUAUUAGACGGGAAAGAAGACCGGAGUUUGUUUUGAAAGGUCAAGAUGGAUCAGCUUCAGGUUUGAUGUGGUUCAAUUCGAAGUUAUUAAUUACGACUCAUAAAAGGACUGGAACGAUUGUACAACAUGAUCUUUCAAAACCAUAUCCUAAAUUCUUUGAUCAAUUAUUACCUAUUCAAGCUUUAUCUAUCUCACCAACCCAACCCAUGAUAUGUUUUUCAAUCGGAUCAACAGAUCAAACCCAGAUUUCAGGAAUUAAAGUUCAAGGAAUUCAAAACUUGAGUGUGGCAGAAGAAUUUAAUUAUUUAGCACAACAUUAUAAGUUUUAUGGAAUGGAAUUUAAGGAGUUGUGUAGGUUUAAUUCAAAAGUUGCUUUAGAUUGUCAACUUUUUAAGGGGGCUGAGAUAUGGGAAAAUCUUGGGAUUUGGUUUGAUAAAGAAGAAACAGAAGAAUCAGUAGAAGGAAAAGGAGAAGGAAAAGAGGAAGAAGGGGAGGGAGAAGAAGGAUUUAAGAGUCCGAUGGAUUUGGAAAAAGUAAAUUAA